AUGAUCUACCCCAGAAAGCACGCCGUUUUCGAUGUGGUCGGCACCUGCGUUUCAUUCGACGUCUUUCUCGACACCAUUGAGGAAGUUCUCGGUCCACGACUGCGAGCACAUCAACUGUCUGCCAAAAUUUUCGGUUUUGCAUGGAUGCAAUCCUCCGAGCUCGAGUCUCUAAUGCUGCACAUGUCCAAGCGGAAGGUACCAUACAAAGAUGUUUUUAAGGCGCUCUUUUACCGCGUCCUCUAUAUGUCCGGGAUCCAAGACCCGAGAUCGUUCGCCACCGACGAGGAGAGAGACAUCUGUCAGGAAGCAUAUUCGAGGCUAGAGCUUCGCCCAGAAUGCCGCACCAUGAUGGAGAGAUUGCGGAAGAAUGGUUUCACCAUCUGGUGCUUGACCACGGGCGACACAGAACGAGUCGGAGGCUACUUUAAGCGCGCCGGUUUUGAAAUUCCCGCCGAGAACCUUGUCAGUUGUCAUCAGUUCAUGAAAUAUGAGUCUGCAUUAGAAUCCCCUCUUGCUAUGGUCAAACCUUCAAUGGGGUCCUACCAGCCCAUGCUGGAUAAGUUCGCUGCCGAGGAUCAAAAGUGGUUUGUGGCGGCACACAUGUGGGAUGUGAGCGCAGCUGUUAAAGCCGGCUUCCGUGGCGCUUACUGCUCGAUAUAUGAGAAGGAGUCGUGUAUUGAGAUCUUUGAUACUAAGAUGGAUGUUAUGGCCGACAGUCUGCUCGAGAUGGCCGACAAGAUGAUUCUGGCAUCUUGA